AUGUUGAGAAUUUGCACCAGAACGAUGGUAAACUUUGGGGUGCUAUAUCCCUGUGGCUUGGUGAAAUCCUGUCACUUGGUGAAGUCUGUAUCAGCCUCUCUGGUGACUGGCAGAUACUUCACCCACCAGACAGGACUGCCCAGGAUGCCUGUCCCCCCUCUGCAGCAGACCUGUGAGCGCUACCUCAGCCUUCUGGAGCCCAUUGUGGAGGUGGAUGAGCUGAAACGCACAAAAGCGCUGGUAGAAGAGUUUCAGAAAGCAGGAGGGGUUGGAGAGAGACUGCAGAGGUGCCUGGAGAUCAGAGCACAGAACACUGACAACUGGAACACACGAUAUGUGCUACACAUCGAUUACACUGGCAACCGGAAACCUGUGGUGGUUUAUUCAAAUGUUGGGACGACCUUCCCUCGACAGGACUUCAGAGAUAAGCAGGGACAAACAAGGUGUGCUGCCAGAAUUAUUGCGGCUGUUUUGGAAUUCAAGAACAUGAUUGAUAAUGAGACUCUACCAGUUGAGUAUAUGGGAGGGAAUCCCCUGUGUAUGAAGCAAUACUCCCAAUUGCUGUCAUCCUGUCGUAUUCCUGGUCCGGAGGUAGACUCUGUGGUGUACCACGCCAAGAGCUCCAACCCCCCCAAACACAUGACUGUGGUACAUAACUCUCAGUUCUUUGUGUUGGAGGUCUACAACAGUGAUGGGACUCCGCUGACAGUCGAUCAGCUUUAUGUUCAGCUAGAGAAGAUCUGCAACUCCUCACCAGAAAGCGAUGCGGAGCCUGUCGGCCUCCUUACCACCAUGGACCGUGACUCCUGGAGCAAAGCUUUCAUCAGCCUGAUCAAGGAUAAGACCAACGAAGAAUCGCUGUCAUCCAUUGAAAGGAGCAUCUGCACAGUGUGUUUGGACGGACCCAUGCCCAUAGCGUCGGACGAAAGUGGCGUGCUUCGCGUGUUACAUGGAGGUGGCAGCGAGUGGAACAGUGCCAACCGCUGGUUUGACAAAACAUUGCAGUUAAUUGUUGGAGAAGAUGGGACACUUGGUUGUAACCUAUCACAUGCUGCUGCUGAUGCUAUAGUCUUUAUGGCCUUCUUGGACUAUAUUGUAUUAUCCAUAAAGGAGCCAGAGAAGAUGCAGUCUGUUGUGGAGCCUUUGCCGAUGCCCCAGAAACUACACUUCAACAUCACACCUGAUAUUAACAAAGACAUUGGGAAGGCAAAGCAGAGCAUCGACAUACUCGCUCAAGACCUGGAUGUAAGCGUCAUGGUAUUCAACCACUUUGGGAAAAAUGUUCUUAAGGCCCACAAGAUGAGCCCUGAUGCUUUCAUACAGAUGGCAAUACAACUGGCCUACUACAGGAUGUACCAGCGGUGCUGUGCGUCGUAUGAAGCCGCCUCUCUACGUACGUUCAGAGACGGGCGUGUAGCUACAAUCUCAACAACCACCAGUGCCUCAGCUGCAUUUAUCAAGGCCUUUGAUGAUCCCAAAAAACAGAAUACAGAGAAAGUUUAUUUAUUAAAGGAGGCUAUAAAAGUACACAGAUCGAACACUAACUUGGCAGUCAGUGGACAGGACGUAGAGGGGCACCUCAAGGUUCUGGCAUUGCAGGCUGUUGAAGAAAAAAUCUCCAUGCCUGACAUUUUCACAGACGUCUCCUAUCAUAAAUUCUUGGAUUACAGACUUUCAACAAGUCAGGUACCAUCCAGGGCUGGGUGUCUGCCAUAUGCUGGUCCUGCUACACCUAAUUUAUAUGAUAUGUGCUACUAUCAUACAAGUGAUAAGAUAAUCUUUGUAGUGACAGCCUGCCACUCCUGCAAAGAGAACAAUGUAGCACAACUGGUCCAAGUCUUAGAGGAUGCAAUGUUGGACAUGAGGGCUCUGCUGGAAGAAACUCGAGAGCCAACUGAAGCAAAUGCAUAUUAA